UGCCUUCUCAGAUUAGAAUUGAAUUGGAAUAGCCACACAAUAUUAAUUCAUAUCAAUUUCUUAUCAGCUCGACAGAUUUGGUGGCAUGGUUAAGCCUUCACAUAGCAUGAGAAUUGCUUCAAAUUUGUUGGCUCUCUCCUUCUUCUUCUUAUUCCUUUCUUUUAUAAGUAUACCAGUCGCUGAGGCCACGGUUCAUUAUCACAAAUGGGACGUCAAGUAUGAGUUCAAGUCUCCUGAUUGCUAUAAGAAGUUGGUUAUUACUAUUAAUGGCAAAAGUCCAGGACCCACAAUCCUGGCAAAGCAAAAUGAUACCAUCAUCGUCGAAGUUAAGAACAGUUUGUUAACUGAGAAUCUCGCAAUCCAUUGGCAUGGGAUUAGACAGAUUGGAACACCUUGGUUUGAUGGAACAGAAGGGGUUACUCAGUGUCCAAUUGUUCCUGGAGAUACCUUCAAAUAUCAGUUUGUUGUUGACAGGCCUGGAACAUACCUGUACCAUGCCCAUUAUGGAAUGCAGAGAGAGGCAGGGCUUUAUGGAUCAAUCCGUGUAUCACUACCUGACGGAGAAUCUGAGCCUUUUGCGUAUGAUUAUGAUCGAAGUAUCAUCCUUACUGAUUGGUACCAUAAUAGCACUUACGAACAAUCAGUAGGAUUAUCUUCUAAUCCCUUUGUUUGGGUUGGGGAGCCUCACUCACUCUUGAUACAAGGAAAAGGAAAAUUCGACUGCUCAACUCCAGGCAUACCAGCUGGUGUUUGCAAUGCUUCAAAUCCUGAAUGCUCUCCUUAUGCGAUGACGAUUGUCCCUGGAAAGACAUAUAGGCUCAGGGUUUCUAGCUUGACAGCCUUAUCAGCCCUUAGUUUCCAAAUUGAGGGACAUAAUAUGACUGUUGUAGAAGCAGAUGGGCACUACGUUCAACCAUUUGUAGUUCAAAACCUGUUCAUAUACUCUGGUGAGACAUACUCUGUUUUAGUAAAAGCUGACAAAGAUCCCUCCAGAAACUAUUGGAUGACCACCAACGUUGUUAGUAGAAAACCAUCAACCCCACCAGGCCAAGCCAUCUUUAACUACUAUCCAAACCAUCCCCGGAGAUUUCUUUCUAAUACUCCACCAUCUGGCCCUGUAUGGGAUGAUGUUGAACCAAGGUUUGCUCAAAGUCUAGCCCUUAAAGCUCAUAAAGAUCACAUCCACACACCUCCCCAAACCGCAGAUACAACUAUAGUAAUGCUCAACACACAAAAUCAUGUGAACGGUUAUGUUAGAUGGUCAGUGAAUAAUGUCUCCUUCAACCUCCCACACACCCCUUACCUUGUAGCACUGAAGCUCAAAAUGAACCAUGUGUUCAGCCAAGUCCCUCCUCCUAUUGGGUAUGACUACCAGAAUUAUGAUAUUCAUAAUGUUUCAAAGAACACAAAUGCUACCACUAGCGAUGCCAUUUAUCGCCUUGACUUCAACGCAACAGUAGAUAUUAUUUUACAAAAUGCAAAUUCCAUGAGUAAUAACACUAGCGAGACACAUCCUUGGCAUCUCCAUGGGCAUGACUUCUGGGUUCUAGGUUAUGGAAAGGGUAAGUUUGACAUAAAUAAUGACCAGAACAAGUUCAAUUUGGUGGAUCCCAUCAUGAAGAAUACUGUGCCUCUUCAUCCUUAUGGUUGGACUGCUUUGAGAUUUAAGGCAGAUAAUCCAGGCGCCUGGUUAUUUCAUUGCCAUAUUGAGUCACAUUUCUUUAUGGGCAUGGGAGUGGUGUUUGAGGAAGGGAUUGACAGGGUAGGAAAAUUGCCUUCCUCUAUUAUGGGUUGUGGUGAAAGUAAAGGUUCCCAAAGGCCAUAGUUCAUGAGGAAAUUAACCAUACUGCCUAACAGUUACUGGUUAAUUUAGCACUGAUGUUGGAAACUUAGAAGUGUGUAUUGUGAGUUAUAAUGUUUUACAUUUUGAGUUGAAUGUUGAGUCAAGCCCGAGUUAUUUCAAAGAACAAUCAAAAAGGAUUUUCCUUGAACAUUUUGGGUUUUUCGAAUAUCUAGCAAGUAGGAUCGAAGCAAAUAGUUGGGUUAGGUGAAUAAGGAAACGGUGCCAGUGAUAGGUCCUUCAAGAUUUAUUUGUAUGCAAUGUCUCCUCUGCUCCUAUUUUAGCUUUUAUUUUUUUUGUUUGAUGUACGCAUAUGAUCCUUUUGUAUAAUAUUUAUUGAUUUGCAUUAAAAAAUAAUUGAAUUCCAA